AUGACUGCAGCCCUUCUGGGCUUGGAGUGCGAGUGGGUGGAGGUCAGCGAUGAGUUGAAGUUUUUCUGGCACCGGCCAUCGUGGGCAGCUGUGGAAGAGCAGAGUGCGGACCCAGAAACAGUUCGGAUCUUUCUGAACGGAUGCUUCGACCUCAUGCAUGUCGGUCACUUCAAUGCUCUCAGACAGGCGAAGCGCCUCUUCUUUCAGCAGGGGUACAAAAAGGUGGUUAUGCUUGCCGGGAUUCACUCUGAUGAAGCCAUUACUCGACAGAAAGGCCCUCCUAUGAUGUCGGACGAUGAAAGAGUUGCAGUUUUGGAGGCCACGAAAUGGGUGGAUGAGUUCGUGACUCAUUUGCCCUAUGUCUCUAUGUCUUCACAGAUGGCAGAUGCCCUGCGCGUAAGAUGGAUAUGCCAUGGCGACGAUAUGCCGAUCUGCAAAGAUGGCGGUGGCAUGUACAGCGAUGCCAUUGAACAUGGCCGCUUCCAAAUGCUGAAGCGCACUGAGGGCAUUUCGACGACUCAGAUCAUUGAGCGCCUCCUUCGGCAGCAAGGCCUGGGAUCCCGCUCUGAGGCGGAGGCCAUGGAAACAGCUUUGGCCACAACGCAGCGCCUUGGACAGUUCGCAGCUCCCGCAGAUCCAGAGCAGGGAGCGAAGUUGCUUACUUCGGCCAAGCAUGUGGUCUAUGUGCCAGGGAUCUUCGACCUUGUGCACCCGGGCCAUGUCAGCAUCCUUCAGCAAGCUGCGAAGCUUGGAGACUAUUUGCUUGUGGGCCUCUAUUCUGACGAGACAGUUCGCCAGCACAGGGCCAUGUCGCCGGUGCUGACCAUGUUGGAGCGAGCCAUGGCUGUGCUGUCCACUCGCUGGGUAGAUGACGUUGUCCUUGGCGUGCCAUGGAAGAUAACGAAGGAUCUGCUGGCAACGAUGAACAUCAAGACGGUGGUCGUGGGGAGGCCACCGGACGGCUUGGAGUCGGAGCAACGUCGUGCCGAGGAGGAGCAGAUGGCUGUAGCCCGUGCGGAGGGCCUUCUGACGGAGCUCUCGAGCUCCUUUGCGGUCUCCUCGGAAGCACUUAACUGUGUAGUUCGCAUCCUCUGCCUGGUCGUCAGGGUGCUUAGAAGCAGCGCUUCAUUGCCAGAUCUGGUGCCUUUCUGGACAGAAACAGCAAACUCUUCGAGAAAGAGCUGGCCUACGCAAGCACCAAGAGCUACGUUCCGGAGGCCUGACCGUUGCGGUCGUGAAGUCACGAAGAUGAGGGCCGUGGAGGAAGCUCGCCCAACUCUCGCGGAUGUUCAUCGUGCUGCAGCGCCGGCGCGGCCGGCGGAACCUCUGCAGCUCAGUAAAGCAGAUGUUGGUGCUGGCUUGCUAAAGGCACCAACAGCUCUGCUCGCUGCUCAUCUCCAGCUAAGAGAUGCCAUGAUAUCUGCGGAAACUCUGCUUCGUGAGUCGGCGAAUCGCAGCGGCGCGGCUGGGUAG